AUGUCACCACUCAACAAGAUAUGCUCUCUCCUUGCUCUCUUUCUUAUCACCAACUAUUUACAAAUACUAUCAGAUGGAGUGGUGGUGGGAGAGUGGUGUGUCGCAGACGAGCAAAGCUCGGAGAGUGAAUUGCAAGCGGCUUUGGAUUGGGCCUGUGGUAUUGGAAACGCCAACUGCAGCAAGAUUCAAGUAGGCCAGGCCUGCUUUCAGCCCAAUACUGUUAGGGCCCAUGCUUCUUAUGCCUUCAACAAUUACUAUCAAAAGUUCAAGCGCAGAGGUGGCUCUUGUUACUUCAGAGGCGCUGCCUAUACCACUGCUCUUGACCCCAGUUAUAACUCUUGCAACUAUGAGCUCACACCCUGAGCUUGAGGUUAUCAAUCAAGAAAUGGUCGAUUUGGACGAGGAAACACAGUUCAGUUGACAAAACGCAGGGGUUUCUUGUCAUCGUAUAAUUUCAUUGCUAGCAUCUUCAAUUGUACUACUUGUCUGGCAAGGCUAUUCCUUGCCAUUUUCUUGCUUUUCCAAACAAAUACUGCAAAUCUUACUACUGCCAAAAAAUGAAUGAAUUCACACUUCAUGUAAUUUUAUGACAGAAAAAUCUCUUUACACGGAUUA